AUGGUGUUUGUCCCGUUUACAUGUACUGAUAACCACAAGAGGUGUGUCACUUUUAGAGCUGGGUUGUUAACCAAUGAAGAUAUCCCAUCAUAUGUUUGGUUAUUACAGUGCUUGAAAGAAGCGAUGUGUCAUGAUCCAUCUUGUUUUGUGACAGACCAAGAUCCAGCAAUGAAAACAGCAAUUGCACAGGUUUACUCAAAUGCUCGCCACCGCUAUUGCAUGUGGCAUAUUAUGACGAAGGUUGGAGAGAAGGUCGGGCUGGUGCUGUCUAAAGAUGUGGGUUUUAGGCAGAAGCUCAAUGCGAUUGUGUGGGAUGAAACGCUGCAACCUAAUGUUUUUGAGGAUAGGUGGUGUGCGGUGCUUGCAGAGUAUGGCCUCCUGGACCAUAGUUGGUUCUCACAACUGUGGGAGGCCCGUACAUCCUGGAUCCCUGCGUAUUUCAAAGACGUGUUCUUGAGCGGAAUGGUAACGACCACAUCUCGGUCAGAAGGACAAAAUAGCUUCUUUGGUAGGUACUUGAGUCCAACAGCUAGCUUGGUUGAGUUCUUUAGUCACUUCGACUCUGCAAUCGAUGUACAACGACAGAUACAGUUGAAGUUGAAUGCUGAUUGUGACGGCCAUUACUCAGAAUUGAAAACACCAUUACUGUUGGAACGGCAUGCGUCCGCAGUUUACACCAUCACAGUUUUCCACGAGGUGCAAAAAGAAAUCUAUGCAGGCUGUUUUUUCUGUCGUCUAGUGUCCAUUAAAGCAUGUGGGGACAUUAUUACCUAUGACAUUAAGGAAGAUGAUGUGCGUCUGUUCACCGUGCAUUACAGUAGUACAGACAACAGUGCAACGUGCAGUUGUUCAAAGUUCUAG